AUGCUCUCCCUCUCUCUCUUUCGAUUCCGUCUCACUUCGUCUCUUUUCAAUCACUCCGUUCAACAUCGAUCACGGUUAAGCCGCAUGAAUUCGAACUCCAUCAAAUUUGCGAUAGGAUCUCCAUGCUUCAAUUCAUGUAGAAGAUGCAGAAAAGAGAAAAUCGAUUCAAGAUUAGAAGAAAUUACGAUUUACCUACCAGCGAGAGGUCCUGUGCUCUUCCAACAAUGUCAACGUCAUGACGAUGCGGUUGCGUGGACGCGUGAAGACGAAGUUGUUGUGGAUUGUCGAAGCUCAGUGACACGGAGUGUAAUAUUGUUGAGGCUCAAAGAAGAAGAGUUUUUUGGUUUAGCUCGCAGUUAUUACAACCAAAUUCCCCUCCCAAUCAUUAAGCAUGCUGUUAGAUCCAAACUGAAGCUGUGCAGGAUGCCGAGGCAUAUUAAAAGCACUAGGGUCCUGACUAUUUGA